GCUGCAAGAGAGAAAGCAGUUGCGGGUGGAUGAUGUCCCAGAAGGCUUGGAUUACACAGAUUCUACCAGAGGAUGUUGAGAUGCUCCCAUUGCAACUCACUGAUGGAGAAGAACUGGAGAGCUCAGCUAGAGCUGGAGGAGGUGGUAGUACCAGUUCCCUACUGGUACCAGUGGUGGCUUGAUCACUUCAAAUUGGAGGGACUAUUGGGCCAAAUUCCCAUACUGUAAAAAAAAGGUUUUUUUUCUUCCUGGUGGUGGUUUUGUGUUUCGGUGAAUAAUAGGAAGAGGCCGCCAAGGCGCGGAGCGAUGAGUAUAGCCCAUUAGGAGUAGGAGAACCUGUUAAGAAAGCCGGAGCAGAAAUCCAAGCUUCUGGUAAUUUAUUCAAUUACUUGUACUUGAACUGUUUUUUCUUUCUUUGUUGAAUUAUUUAUUUCUCUUUUGGUAUGUUGGUUAUCUAAAAGCAUCUGUGACUUGUUUUAGUACUUUCGUCACAACUAUGGCAUUGGCAUGGGCCUUUGCUAAACUAGACUAUCAGAGCUCGAUCAUGGCAAACGAAGGAACUCAGACCCGAUCUAGACAACUUGAGGAGCAAGUUAGAGCUAUGAGAGAAUCCAUGGAUAAGAUCCAAGCAGAUCUAGCCGAACGGAUGCAACAACAGAGUGAAGAGUUUCAAGCUCAAAAACAAUUACAACAACAACAGUUUGAGAAGCAAGUAGUUGAGUCUAUUUUUUAAAUACAGAGAGAGGUUAGUGGCUUCAACCUCUCACAAAGAGGGAUAGAGGCAACACCUUUUGACGCCCUCCAAUUUAGACUCACACUGCAGGGGCAAUAGAACAAUUUAGAAUAUGCGGUAGUGUUAGUAGUUUUUUACAUCUAUUAGGCAUUUUUGCAAAUACAUGGAUUUUGUGUGUGUAACCAAGACAAUACACCUCAACGUCAUCUUAUCGAACACAUAAAGGGGACUGGCCUCUUUCACUAAGACAACAAUUAUGGCCGUGUAGAUGCAGUAUUCGAUGUUUCACAAAACAAAGACAGAGGAGGUUGUAAGAGAGACCUUGUCAGUGCGAAGGAGAGGAAAGGCGUGUCGAGAAGAAGACACCUGUCCGGAGAGGUGCAAAGGAGAGCCGCGAGAGGAAAUGCAAUUCUCGGGUGAGGGAAUGGGAGGCUAGCAACCUCGUUUGAAGCGGAUUUAAAAGCAGGGAAUUAUCAUUCGAGAAAUACUCCCCCUCUUGCAGCGAGAGCCCACUCCUACCUAAGGAAGGGGCUUGUAGAUCUAUAUUUGGAUUAAGGGGCGGUAUGGAUGGAAGAGCGCUUCUAUUCUAUUGGUAGGCAGUCGCUGGCCGAGGAGGCUGCUCUCUCUAUCUAGAAUGAAAAGAGGAGAGAAGUAGCACGCACUGGAGUGGGAGUGGUUCCAGUGCCGAAAUCGCCCUUUCUCUUAUUCGUACUAAACUAAGGGGGAGGAGGGCUUAUCUUAAUAUUCCAUCUUGUUUGUUAGCUGACAACUCCAUCCAUCUUGCUUGUGCUCAUUCUAUCACUAUCACUAUGGGGCUGGGGCACCACAUAUAUAAGCAUUGGGAGAUCGAUCUAAUUCUACCAAAGGCAAAAGAAAUGGGAAGCAAAGUGUUGGUUAUCUAGCUAGUAUAGAGAUGAUGCAGUAUCUUCUCUUCAUUGGCGAGACAAGCAAAGAAGUAGAUUCAAAAAAGCAAAGUCAAGCAAGCAGCAACAUUGGUGACUUUAUUGAGUCUUGUCCUAGUUGAUCUGGAAAUGCCCGAAGAAGCCUUUGACUCAUCCAAUGCUUAAUUGGUUGUCCUAAUUUCUUUCUUGAAAACAUGUACGAAAUGAAAGACUUAUGUGAAUAAGAUCCAAUUCUAUGAGAACAUUCACAAUUGAUCGAUAGCUCACAAGCUACCUGCUUAUAGGCGGGGCAUCAGUUGUAACAAACAGGGGAGUCAGGUAAGAAGAAUCAGCCUCGGAAAAGAAGAAUUCAGCGCUCAUAUCCUCGUUUCCAACAUGCAUUCGUAGGCAAGUUUAUAAGGUGGAGGAAGCAACUGUUUUGAAUCCUGCAAACAGAACGUUUGAAUCUGAUCAGUCUAUUGAUAAGUAAGCACUUGAGCCAGAGAGACAAGCAACUAUAGGUAUAAAUAAUUCAGCAGAAACUCUUGGUUUCAGUUCAGCAGUGUUUACGACGCAUUGAGCAGAAACGUUGAAAUAGAAGCAGAGUUUCUUUUCUGUUGGACUUUGUGCUUGCCUUUGAAGGAGGAAGAGUGUGGUGCCUGCAGAGAUAAGCUGUUGAGAUGCAGAAUGAAACCAGAAAUGCCUUUGUUGAGAAGCUUGUUCAUUAUCCUUUUCAGUUGUUCAGUGUACGCGUCCUGAGAUGUGCAAUCCUUUAAUGAGAGGAGAGUAUCAUCUUCUAAGGUAAUGAGAAAUUCUCUGGUCUUCAAAUUGAGGGCAAAUGGGCUAUGUUUAUAGAGCCAAUCAUGACAUCGUAUUCUUUCAAGUCCAGGACUCUAAGGUUGUUGUUGAAGGCAUGUUUCUGAAUAGAGAAUGCAGUGUCUGCUAUGAUUGCCCCAGAUGUAAGUUGGCCUCCCCCAGCCACAGCUAUUUUAGCCGAAUUUUUGGAUAUGGCAAGUGGUUUUAACUGCGAAAGACAAAUCAAUGAAUGUACUUGAACUGCCGGUAUCAAUAAGGGCAAUGCCUGUUUGUCCACCAACAGUGACCUUGACUUAAAAUGUGCCAGCAGUGACCAGCCCUGAAACUGCAUGAGCCGAAAUAUGCAUGAGAUACUCAUUUGGAGGGGAGUCCUGAUCCUGUGGGAUUUCAUUUCUUCUUCUUCUUGUACUGCAAUCUCUUCUGUGGCAUCAUUUGGUGUGUAAGUUUCCUGCAUGACAUUGCAUUGAUAGUAGGGAUUAACUUGCAUUUGUGACCGGGGACCCAUUUCUCACCACAUCUCCAGCAUUCACCAGCUUUUCUAGCUCUCUGUUGUUGCACUUGGGGAGCCGCACCGCAGGUUGUUCUUUAGUUUUGUCUGGUGUGGUGGUAGCAGGUUCUGCACAAAAGGAGAGUUCUGUAUGGAGCAGCAGUGAUUUGUCUCUGAUAUGAAGAAAACUGUUUCUUAGGUGGGGCACUGCGUUCCAUGUCUUUGGCCUGCCAGUACGCAUCAGUCAGGGACUCUGGAUGGAGAGGCCUGAGUUGGUGUUUGAUGUCAUGACGAAGGCCGUUGACAAAGCAUUUUACAAACCACUCUUCGUGCAUUGAAAGUUUCAGCAACUUCAUAGGGACUGUAUGCAGAGAAACGAUGAGUAAUCAUGCGACAGAAAUCUGACCAAGAGGAAUCUUGCCCAGUGGUCUAAUAUGAAUAAGAAAUGGCAGCUAUAACAGAGAUUUUUCUCAAUCGCUCAGCUUGAAGGUAGGUCCUUGUCACUAGAACGAAAUGCAAGGGUUGGUGGAUCGGUGAUUUCUGAUAAUACAAGCAAGGACACACCUCUGGCUGUAUCUUGUGAGCCAGCCCUUACCGAAGGCAUGAUGGAGUGAAAGAUCGGGACUCUUGGCUAUCAAAAGAGCGAGCCGAAGUAAAUUCGACAAGAAAGCUAUCCGAUGUAUAUUCGUUGGAUAUGAUAAUGAGCGAAAAUGGUGGAAGGUUUCACUCCAGCAGGGGCCGCCGUUCCGGACCCAACCCAACAGAGGCAGGGGUAAUUCUUUGCAGUCUAAUGAGGCUGGGACAAGCUUUGCUUUUGUACUGGUUUGGUUGAAACUGAGGAUUUGGUAUAGCAAAGACCGUCACCAUCCCAAUAGAGGGCUCCAGAGAACACUCUAAAAGGGGAGCAUGUGGUCAACCACCAAGAAUCUAGCAGUGGGCCUAGCUUCGUACCAUGAUCAAUUCACUCUCUCUCGAAUCUUCAGCAUCCAUUGCGCUUCUUUCUUGUGUUGACCGAAAAAAGCUCGGUAUGAUUCAAUACAUUCUAGGAACCUGGGGCAGUGAAUCGAUGAAUUGGAGGACAGACCGCUUUUACUAGUUAUUCUUGCAGGGGUCUUGGGCAAUCAAGACCAGCCAGUGACUCAAUGAGGAAGGGAGAGUGGGAUAGCUACAAGCGAUCCAGGGAGUCUUCCGUAAGACAAGAUCGACUUCCUUUUGCACCUGUUCCAUUUGUUGAAUGAAAUACCCCCUUCCUACGGUGAGUGUUGGGUGAGGGAAGGGAUAUUUUGAUUGAAGAGCUCGCUUUGUCGAAAUCCCUAUAAUGAAUAGCAUUUGCUGCUGCCGAAUAAACCAACUUUAAGAUGGGAUAAGAUGCUCAAUAAGGCAUGAGGGUCAGUAUCAUAACGGUUUCCUCCUAGUAAGGCCACUCAUCAAGAACUCUUUUUUCUAUCCAACCAGUCAAGACAGACUCACAUUGAGCGUAGGUCUCAACCCCUUACCUUUCGCCAUGCGCUGAAUUCCAAUUCCAAUCAGUUGACACUUUGCACAAGAACUAGCAAGAAAUGAAAUGAUAAGAAAAACCAUAUCACCUUGCGACGUCUACUUUCAUUUGAAUAGGAACAUAGGCAUCCCGCGUGGGGGAAAACCCUAUCCCCCAUCUUUCACUUCCCCUUUAGAUGAGAAGCCGAAGGUGGCUAUCAAUAUGGCACCUCGAAGAGCAUAAAAGCAAUGAGCCCGAAGCCUGAAACCUGAAACCAUAGAUUGAACACUCAAAGAGGAUCAACCUAGUCAAUAGAUUGAGACACAACCUGCUUACUCACCUAGGGUCGGUCCGGCUCCGCCUACUACUCCUAUCCUACUUAUCCUUUUUUUUAAGCUAGAAACAGAGCAAUAGCCAUACAAUGGAGAGCAUAACCUAAAGGAAAGGGGUGGGUCGAAGGAUAACUAAAGGUGACAAGUCGAUCUAUUUUUGAGAGAAGAGCUAGAGCAGUUGACAGCUCACUAAGGAGUCUGUCUCGUCUAGUAGAGCUAUUAUCCAAUGGGUCACCAGAGUAGAGAUGACCUUUUAACCAUAGCAUCUGACUGUAUAAAAUGGCAAGGUGUUUGUUAGUGCUUCCCUUUCUUUAUCUAGCAAGAUAUCAAUAAGGCUGAUGGCUAACCAGAGAAUCAUUGCCAUAGGGUUCUCGAGAGUCAACCCUGUCUGGCCUACAAGCUUUUGGAGUUAGAGAAUGUACACUCUAUGAGGUGUAAACUGAUGUAGAGGAUCCAGACAAACAAUACCCUUGAAGAGUUUUAUGAGCAUAGUCAUCGAACUUCACUAUACUAUUAGGUUUGUCAUGACAUCUUCCCUCUUCAAAAGACUAUUUUUAAGAAUGAAUCAGGGUUUUUGCGCUCCUUGGAAUCAGGCCUAUACGUAGUGUAUGUAAGCCGCCUGCUGCUGCUAAAGCAAGGUAUGAGGGUUAAAGUAAGCGAUGCACAUCUUGAUAUACUCAAUUAAGUAAGACUAUCUUAUCUAGUUCUGUUUAUGCGUCUAGUGAGCAUUGAACUCCUUUGACAAGCGCAAUGCUUCUUUAUCGAUCAGUUAGACGCUUUAUACCAGGUUAAAGCUGAAGUGACGAUACCAGUGCCUGCCGAACUUCCAAGCCCUCAAAUAUCGAGGAUAUGGUGUGCCCCGUUACCUUAUUUCUAGGUGUAAUAAAGGCUCUCCCCCGACUAGAAGGAUCCAGGGACAACGGCUAUUUCCUCCUAAAAUAUUGGCAGUAGCCGAAACGACUGGAAACCCAGGUAGCGGUCCGGAAAGGGCAAAAGGGCAAGGUGAGUAGUGAAAGCAAGAACGUUCUUUCGCAUAUAGAGCGACUGCCCAAGCCCUGAUUCAGGGUUACUGGUCCACACCAACUGAUCAGGUAUCGGAUAAUAGGGAAUAUUUGUUUCAGCCGUGGUCCAGUCCAGCAGCCUCUUUUCGAUCCAAGAGUCGCAUGAGAAGAAAGCUUCCGGUUAGCUUCAGUUAGUGUUAGUUAAAUAGAACGGGAACCUCGUAACUAUGCCAAGCCAAGCCCGAUCUUGGUUCCAAUGCUGCAGAGAAAGGUUAUGGGUAAAAAGAAGGUCUUUAUCCUGGUGCUGCGGAGACCGGUGUUGCUGAUCGAACUCAUUUUCUUUCGAGGAGAUCGAAAAUCUCUGAAUUUCUGCGAAACGAAUUGACAUAUUUAUUGCGAGUUGAAAAGCGAAAGGAUGAAGACAGAUUUAGAUCCUCUGAAAGCGCAGGAAGUAUGCCUUUUGAGCUUUUUCUCCACCCACCUCUGAGCAUCCUGUUGGAAUGGUCCUAGGAAAGACUACGUACGAGAAAUCAUUCUCACAGCCAACUUUCCUUCUUCUGAGCAAAUAAAUGUAGUAUUUAGUCCAACCAAUCAUUGGUGAAUCUCUUGUAUGUCUUUCGUGAAAAGUGGAGUAUUUGUGCCCAAGAUCUUUCUAUCCCCUUUAGUAGGUGCACACAUCUCGUAUGGUAAAUAUACCAUUGUGCCCUAUAAGGUAAGAUUGAUUGACGGAGUCAAGAGAUGGGGAUCUUGGUUUAGCAGCGGCUGCCUGUCCUUUUCUUUCGUGAAAGGUAUGAUCUAGAGUGUGAUUCUGAUCCCGUGAUUGGGUGCUUGGCGUAGAAUGAGUGGAGCAUACUAGGAAUGCCGAAUGCUCGCUCAGUGAGGGAGCUCUGUUGGAGAAGAGUGGGACUAGAAAGAUGGAAUACCCAUGUAAGGCCAAUAGUUGAGGUACCUGGAUCCAGACAAAACUCCCUUUCAUUGAAACGAGUACUCCACAUCUUAGGGUCCCAGCCAGCCUAUGAGCAAAGCUAGGAAAGCAUUCUUCUUCUUUCCUCAGGAUGAAAUAAUUCGGUGAAACUAUUAUUCUAAUAAGGCCAGCCCUAUCUAGAUCCCGUAGCUUUCUUUUCUAGAGAACUUCAUCUUUAAGCUUGGCUCCCUGGAGUGUUCGACGUCAAACUAGCUACUCUGCUGUUCGGAACUCACUAUUCGUUUGGGCUAUGGCUCUCAGCUUGAAAAGAAGAAUGAAAUUAGGGCAGGCGGGGCUCUCUAUUAAUUGGGAACACUUCAUUCUGCUGGCUACCUUGCAUCAAAGAAAACUUCCUUGCUGGCUGCACUCCGCGCACUUCAAGGAGUAAGUAUACGCUUCCUUCGGUCGAAGCAAUAAGGUCUGUUUCACUGUUGGACUCGAAGUAUCAUGGGCUCUUUCCCAUCUAACAUAUGUGUGCUCCGGACAAACACUUGUUUUCAUCGUUGAUCUCCUAAUCCUACUGGGAACUCUUAGUAGGUGGUAGCUCAUCUAAUCCUUUAGCUUCGCAGGCUUUCGUUUCUCUCUUUCGGUAAAACCUAUUCCAAUUCUCGUAAAUAGUAUGUAUUCGCUGAUAUCGAAAUCAGGGUUUUCCGCUUUGGAUCGCUGCGCUGGGUGGAGAAGAGGAAUCAACGAUAAAUCCAGGAAAGAGCUGCGAAAGAAAAGCGUGACGAGCAAAGUCAAGUCUGCCUUUCUAUUUCUUCUUUAUCCGCUUUGAGAUAUAGUUGCCUUCCUUGGCAAGGGAUUUUUCACCCAGUCACUGUAGUUAGGAAAAAGAAGCUAGUGAACGUGGAACUCCAUCCUCUUUUCCAGGCGGGACAGAGAGAGUGGAUUGGCUUUUUCCUCCCAUCCCAAAUAAAGAAGACUUUGAGGAAGGUUCACCUUGUAUCAAAAGCAAGUCAGAAUAGUUUCUAUUCCUAGUCAAGAUUCACUCUUUCUUUGCAUGAAGGCUUUGAAUAUAAACAGCACUCUGUCACGAUUCGUGGGAUUUGAACUAUUAGAAAAGUCCGUCCGUGUGCCAAACCCAGAUCAAGUACUGUACAUCAGGAUCCCCCCAGCAUAAACACUAGAGAACGACUGUGGUUAUCCUCACAAGGGGAACAAGCAACGGGUCGAUUGCACAUCUAAUGAAAAUCUAUGAUAUUCCUAUCUUUUGUCAUUUGAAAUGAAAUUCAAUGAUUUCGAUCAACUUAUCUGGGAAUCUGUCAUUCCAUUUGUUCCACUUUCGUUUUACUGAAAUAACUCACUUGAGUUGAAGUAAGUCAACACCUUUCAGUUGAGCAACUGUCUUUAGAGAGGGAAUAACCAGCGUUUUAGCGAUAAUCUAACAAAAUCAUCAGUGAAAAGAGAAUCAAGCCGACUUCGAACAGCUAAAAUCCAAUUCCCCACGGAUCGUAAUCGCUUUCCCAUGCUUUUUUACUUGUUGCCCAAGCUAGCUUAGCUUACUACAGCUACUGAUACGGCAACUCAAGCUACUAAUCUAAUAUAUGUCUUUGAUUCUUGUCUUUCAUGCUUCGCCGCUGGGAUUCAUACCACGGAAGCGACUACUACUUAUAGCUAGAAAAGGGAAUUCAAGGUGGUAAUUAAUACUCCUAAAAAAGGCUACUCACUACUACUGGGCCACUAGCUUUUAUUCCUAUACCUGACUGGCUAAUCUGAGGGAUACGGCAUGGCAAGCAAGCAAACUUAUAGGCAAGCCGGUAAACUACUAGGAAAUCGGAAAAUCUUUCUUUUACUACUUUUUCUGAUAACACUCUCGAAGCGAGCAAGCACUACUUGCAACCUGAUAUCUAUCUUUCAAUCUUAUUACCUGCCUGAAAGUCUUAUAGCAAGCAACUUAUCUUAUUACUGUCUUUCCUAAUACUCUAGGUAAUAGCAACUCAGAUUCGCUUCCUCUAUUUCUUCUAUCUCUUAAUCUGUAUAAGAGAGAACCCCUUGGUAAAAGUAUAGAAACUGCAUAUCAGCUUACGACUAGAAUUCUUAUUUGUUACCGCGCUCCAAGCUACUGAACAUAAAAGCUAUAAGCAUGAAAUCAAUCUGCUAAGCAAGCUUACUACUUAUUAACUUGAAACCGGAUAGCUGACCUUUAUUCCUAUAAUCGAGUGGAGUUCUUCUAUCUGACUCCAAACCGGGUACGCCAAGCUCCAUACAGUAGAUACGAGCCGGUAAACUACAAUCUGGUAUUCUUAACUCCGACUUUGAAACUGCUAGCUGGUAAAAAGAAUGAAGGACCAUAAUUAAUGCUAUCGAGGCCCCAAGUCAAGCAACAAAGCUUCUAGCCGAUAGAAAGAAUGGGUACGAGCCUAUCUUGCUAAGACAAGGGAAACUCUAGCUGCACUUACUCCUUGGUCAGUAUAAACUACAUGGCUUACGAGAAGCUGCUCUUCAAACUCACAGCCAACUUGGAGUCAGAUUUCCAGCCGCUUAUAAACGGCAUAGAGAAGUAGGAGCCUCGCAUACAACCUGAACUCUGGUAUCAAGCCUGCCAACUCAAUUCUAUCUGGGUAAAAGGGCAAUAUACGAAAGGAAGGAUCGAUAACUGAUUUAUGGCUUUCAACCUGCUAACUUAGCAUCUUAUUUCUUUCUCCCAAUCUGGUAUCGACUAAUAAAGCGCGCCUUCUAACUCAUAUCUGUCUUGCUAUCUUCCAUCUAAUACCAGUGAAACGACAACUCCUGAUAGACCUUCUGAUACGACAACUGCGACUUGCAGUUUGAUAUCCGGCUUGAACUGUUCUAUCUGGCUUUCUAUCUCAUAUCCGCAAUUAAGAAUUCAAAGCAGUAAUUAAAGUAUGGAUACGAUGGCUUUGCCUUGCGUUCUUCAAUCAUGGCUUUCAAGUCUGAUAACCGCAAUUAGGAAUUCAAAGCACUCUCGAGGCGAGCACAAGCAAUCUGAUAGAGGAGCUACUAAUACUAUAGAUAGGAAACGCCUAAGCAAGUAUGAUACGAGAAAGCAAUUCUAUCUUUGACUGGUUUUUCAAACUGAUAACUGCAAUUCAACUCCCGGCAACUACAAACCACUAAUCUUAUUCCUUACUUCAAUUCUUGUACCAAGCCUACUUAAUUUCCAAUCUCACUACUUCCUUUUCAACUUCUAACUUAUAUGAUUGAUACGAAAAGCGGACUUGAAAACUUAAAUUAACAAGGCACGACAACUACAGCUACAAACUCGAAUGCAAAAGCCGAUACUACUACUCAAUUCACUCAGCUUACGACUCUUAUUCAUGGCUUUAAAUCGUAUAAGCACUAAGUCAAACUAGGGAAAACUUGCAAGCUUAACUUGAACUGCUAAAACUGAAUAGGCCGAUACGAGAACUCAAUACACUAUCGAAACUAACACUGCUGGGUAAAACAAUAGAAACUACUGCUCGGCUACUCCCUAAUACCAGAGAAAUGGCAUCACGGCUUGCAGCUCUUCUUGCUAAAACAGAUGAAACUACUACUCCGGAAACGAAUACUCAAUCUUCAACCAAAGCUUCAAAUCUGAUAACUGCAAUUCAACUAUCUGACUCGCAUUCUUACUCUCACUGAUAAAAGUAUGUAGACGACAAGAAGGAACUAGCCUUAUUUGCCACUUUCAACCAGCCUCGCGUUCUUCAAUUAAUACCACGUAACCGAGCAAUCAAGCCUACAAUUCAAACUAGAAAACAACAGCUCGAAUACGAAGAUUUAUAAGCGAAAGCGAGAGUUAACAUCUUCCUUGAGCUAUGGAAACAACUGCCUAACGAAAAACCUUAUUCACUGACUUUAUAUCUGCUAACAGCGAUUACUACUACCGCUCUCGAAGCGAAUACUCAACUGCCAAUCUCAUUUAUGCCUCUUAAUAAACUAGCUGGUAUUCUGAUAAUCGACUUUCAGUCUUCCUUGCAGGCAGGCUUUGUAAAGCACUACGGAUACGCCCUUAUUAAUACAAUUGAUAGGACUUAUUUACUUGUUUUGUAUGGUUAUUUGUCCCUUCUUUCUAUUGCUAAAGGUUAGUUUUGAUUCCUCUCUCUAUCGUACUCUUAUUCCUCUAAUCCACUUACAAUCUGAUAGUUGCUAUGGAGCCUGAGCUCAGACGUAGAUAGGGCAUCACGGCUAGAAUUCUUCUUUAUGAGUCCAAUUCUUACUUCUUCCUUUCGAGUCUUAUAUCGUACUGCAAUUAUGAUAGCUGCUCUACUAAUACGAGAGGUAGGCAUUUAUAAUAGUAUUUAUACGAAAAAGAGGCUUUGCAGAAAGAACUAUAACUAGAGAAGGUCAAACUGCAAACUAAAAAUAAAACUGUAGAAACGACAGAGCGGCUGUCAAACCUUAUUUGCUUACUCGUCUGCUUACUACAAGCAAACUGAUUUAUGAGUUGCAACCUUACUUAUGACUUGUAUUCUUCUUGCUGAGAAAGAGAGUUCAAAGCUGCAAUUGCUCAUGCCUCUAAGCCCAUCCUUUUUUAGGCUUCUUUGGGAAUCCCCUUUCCAAUCAGAUAGAUUUCGAGAUAGAUUCACUCCAGUGUGGUGUCCCGGCUCUGAUACGCUUCCUUUAUACGAUCUCAGAGUAGCUUUAACCUUUAAUAGAGGAGUGAACCCACAUGGGAGAAGAGAGGAGUAGUAUGGGAGAGAGUCGUAGUUCAGAAUAAUCCCUGUAUCAUAACAAUAUUUCUGUAUCGAGUGAGUAGCUUGGAUUGAAUUCCUCUUAGAGUUUCCAUUCCUAUAGGUGGGCCUAAGGUUGGGUAGUUUGUAUUCCUCUCCCGCAUUGAGAGAGAUUCCAACUCCUAUAGAGAAAUACUCAAUAAAGUACUUGGCAAAUAGUAAAGUCUUCGGAGGAUGCGUGUCAAUAGAAUUCGGAAAUGCAGCAAUAAUAGGACCAACUGGACCAGAAAGUCAGAUAUACUGUUGCAAACUACUGAUCUAGUCAGGAUUUAGAAAGGUCGAUGAAUGGAACCUUGUAGAACUAUACUCCCCAGAAAAAAGGAAACUAUUUACGGGUUUCAACCCUCAUGA